AUGUCUACCAAACCAAUAGUUUUAAAAUUAGGGAAUGUCAUGUUUGGAGGUGAAGCGUGGGAUAAUCUCGCCAAGAUUGCCGAUGUAAUUACCAUUCCGAAUUCUACCACAAGAGAACAAUUCAUUGCUGGUCUUAAGGAUCCUAACAAUAAGCUCUCCAAGAUUCAAGCUAUUGCUAGAACAUAUCACAGUGUUGUACAAACAGGUAGAUUCGAUGAAGAAAUCGCCAAGGCAAUGCCUAAAUCCCUAAUUUCCAUUUCACAUACUGGUGCCGGUUAUGAUCAAAUCGAUGUAAAAUAUUUUCAAGAAAGACACAUCCAAGUGUCUAAUGUACCCAAUUUGGUGAAUAAUGCGACAGCUGAUACUCAUGUGUUCCUUUUAUUGGGUGCCUUAAGAAACUACGGUAUUGGUCAUAGAGGUCUCAUUAAGGGUGAAUGGGUGGCCAAGGGCGCUGCAGCCGGUGCUCCUUUAGGACAUGAUCCAGUUGGGAAGACCGUUGGUGUCCUUGGUCUGGGUGGGAUUGGACAUGCUGUCAUUGAUAGAUUGAAACCAUUUGGAUUUGAAAAGUUUAUUUAUCAUAAUAGACGUAGAUUAGCACCAGAAUUAGAAAAUGGUUGUCAGUAUGUUUCCUUUGAACAAUUGCUUGAACAAUCGGAUGUUGUGUCUAUUAAUAUUCCUUUAAAUCCAAAGACAAGACAUCUUAUUAAUGAAGAGGCUAUUCGUAAAAUGAAAGAUGGGGUGGUUAUUGUUAACACAGCUCGUGGUGCCGUCAUUGACGAACAAGCUCUUAUUAAGGCUUUGCAAUCAGGGAAGGUAAGGUCUGUUGGUCUAGAUGUCUUUGAAAAUGAGCCUGAAGUUCCAAAGGAAUUAUUGGAUAUGUCUCAAGUCUUUGGUUUACCACAUAUGGGGACGCAUUGUGUGGAAACAAGGAAAAGUAUGGAAGAAUUUGUCGUAGCAAAUGUUAAAAGUGCUCUCCAAACUGGGAAAGUAAUUUCCAUUGUUCCUGAGAUGAAAAAUGAUGAGUGGAUCAAUCAAUGUAAACCUUUAGUUUAA